GCGUGCGCUUACGUCAUUCGUUGAUUCCACGGCCCCCAAGAUUCCGCUGGGCUAGAGGGUGGAGGCAGCCAUAUUGAGGACUUCCGGAUUCGCCAGGUCCCCACUGAAAAAACGCCGUAACUCGAGUGCAAGCAAGCCAAAGUUCUACCACAGACUCGCCUCCGCAAGAGCCACAGAAUGACUACGAUGAAUCCAGAAUACGACUAUUUAUUUAAGCUUCUCCUCAUUGGCGAUUCGGGGGUGGGCAAGUCCUGUCUGCUGCUCAGGUUCGCGGACGACACAUACACGGAAAGCUACAUCAGCACAAUUGGUGUCGACUUUAAAAUCAGGACAAUAGAACUAGAAGGAAAGACCAUCAAGCUGCAGAUUUGGGACACAGCAGGGCAGGAGCGGUUCCGCACCAUCACGUCCAGCUACUACCGGGGGGCACACGGCAUCAUUGUUGCUUACGACGUCACGGAUCAGGAGUCAUUCAACAAUGUCAAGCAGUGGCUUCAGGAAAUUGACCGCUAUGCCUGCGAGAAUGUCAACAAGCUCCUGGUCGGUAACAAGUGUGACCUCACGACGAAGAAGGUGGUUGACUACACGACAGCAAAGGAGUUCGCGGACCAGCUGGGCAUUCCCUUCCUAGAGACGAGCGCCAAGAAUGCCACAAAUGUCGAGCAGGCGUUCAUGACGAUGGCGGCAGAGAUCAAGAACCGCAUGGGACCCCCGACCACGGAGGCGAACCUGCGGGCCGGCGACGGCAAGAUCAACCCAGGAACGCCCGUCCAGCCUCGCAGCUCCGGAUGCUGCUAAUUCAGAAAGAGAAACCCUCCUCCUCCCUUCACUACCCUCCCCCCCAUUCCCACAGAGAGAGAGACCACCCAGCCUCCUUGCCACCCCUUGUUUCUCUGCUCCAUCUUGUCCUCCAGCGAAGGACUACAAGGACGUACUCACAUAACACAAAACAUGACACACGAGCUGGGAGACGCACACCUAGGCUGCCGGGAUUGGAAUGUGCCCUUCCUCUGCUGCUUUCUGUAGUGUCGCAACUCCCCGUUCCCCCUACCCCCCCCCCCUUUUUUUGUUGAAGAAUGUUUGCAAACAUGUGACCCCGCGUUCCUCCCGCAUCUCGAGUGUUUCUUUUGUGGGGCCGCUCUGCGAAGAACCUCUUUUGCGACCCUGUUAUCAUGUAGCAAUGUCACUGCUGCUGCUGUGGUGUAGUGUCACUUUACUGACUGCGUGGUCUUAGGUUGCGCCGGUCAUCUGCUCUUAAUAUUGGCAACAUUUUUUUUAUCUAAAGAACUGUUCUUGUGUAUGUGUGUUAAUAAGCUGUUUUUUCAUUUGUUAUGUACCGCUGACAUCUAAAGCCCACACUUUUCCUGGACUCUCGUGUGCUUUUGAAGUUUUAAGCCGAGGUUCACAUUCUCCGAGACUAGCAGUGAACUUAGCUGGCCACCGGCUCUACGUUUGGGUUAUUCCUUGCGUUUCGUUGGUCCUGUCCCAUGCCACGCUGUUACGAGUUGCUGCUCAAAGUAUGGCAAACGGCUCAUUGCGAACCUAUGCCUUGAAAGCUUGUUUCUUUUUGAGCCAUUAAAGUGUUCUCAUGUGCAUCAUACACCGAGCAA